AUGGAUGCCCCGCGACUGGCAUCAAGUCCGAGUCCGAUCCGCGAUACAGAGACAGACCACGCUCCCACCGGCCCUGCGAAGCCUGUGAGGUAUACCUCCUCCUCGUCAUACGAAAGUCCCAGAAGACAUCAACACCGCGAACCCACCGCACCGCGCCAUGUCAAGGAAACACUCAACGCUCGAUCCGAAUAUACUACAAGCCAAGAUGACGGAACUGCACAACAUCGCAUCAAUCAGUACAUAAUCAAGCAAGAGAUAGGCCGCGGUUCGUUUGGUGCCGUGCAUCUGGCGGUGGAUCAAUAUGGAAACGAAUAUGCUGUCAAAGAAUUUUCCAAGGCACGAUUACGAAAACGACAACAAUCGCACAUGCUACGACGCCCACGUGGACCACAACGUCCUGGAACCGGAUUCAAUUCACCCCUCCAUCGUCAUCCCUCUGGAACAGAUGAAGCUGAAGAAGGCCACCCGCUGGAUUUGAUCAGGCAGGAAAUAGCAAUCAUGAAGAAAUUAAACCACAACAAUUUAGUUUCGUUGAUAGAGGUGCUGGACGAUCCUACCGAGGACUCAUUAUAUAUGGUAAUGGAGAUGUGCAAAAAGGGCGUUAUCAUGAAAGUCGGAUUGGACCAAAAAACAGAUCCUUACGAAGAUGAAAGAUGUCGAUUAUGGUUCCGGGAUCUCAUUCUCGGUAUCGAAUAUCUACACUCUCAAGGCAUCGUUCACAGGGAUAUCAAACCGGACAACUGUCUCCUUACCUCUGACGACGUGCUGAAAGUCGUCGAUUUCGGCGUAUCGGAAAUGUUCGCCAAGGAUUCGGAAAUGUAUACGGCCAAGUCGGCGGGAUCGCCAGCUUUUCUUCCACCGGAGCUUUGUGUCGUUAAGCAUGGUGACAUUUCUGGGAAAGCUGCGGAUAUAUGGUCUAUGGGAGUGACGCUAUAUUGUUUACGAUAUGGUCAUAUUCCGUUUGAGAAACAAAGUAUUUUUGAAUUAUACGAAUCGAUUCGAAAUGAUGAUUUCGAUCUGGGGGAUGAACAAGACGAAGACUUUAAAGAUCUGAUGCAUAGGAUACUGGAGAAGGAUCCUACGAAGCGAAUCACCAUGUCAGAAUUGCGAAAUCACCCCUGGGUAACCAAAAAUGGUGAAGACCCAUUGUUACCCGAAGAAGAGAACACAGCGCAAGAGGUUGGGUUACCUACUGAGGAAGAAAUGGUAUCAGCCAUCACGCAUAAUGUCGAGAAUCUCUUCUCGGUGAUGAAAGCCGUUAGCAAAUUCAAGAGACUGGUGGACCCAUCAAAAGCAGUGAUACACAGUAUUCUCGGCUCAGAGCAUGACUCGCAAAUGGUUCAACCACCACUCCAAAUCGAACCCUACGAGGGUACUGAAGCAAUGGGGGUAUUCAAGAGGGUCAUCAAUGAGAAUGACUUGCUCCGUAGGAGCUCGACGAAUACAUCACAAGAGUCAUUUAGUGAACGAGGACGAUCGCCAAAAAGGCACGGUUCGGGCGUUGCAGAUAAUCAGACCAGAUCGAUUUUUAUGAAAGCUGCAGCCGCAGCCGCAGCUGCGGUAGCAAACCCAUCGUCGAAAGAAGGAUCGCCGUCGCGGAGCACUUCUGAGGGAACACGAGGUCACGCCCGAAAUCCCCUGGAGGAGGAAGUUCAAUUCCUCCAUAUCGGACCGUCAACAUUCACCGGAGACUUCACCAAUAACCACGAGUACAGCAAUCAUAGUAGUAACAAUGACGACCAAUCAAACGCCCUUAAACAAAGACCAAUCCUCUCCCCCCUUAGCGUCCCCGACACAUCCAUCAACGGAAUUCCCGAAUUUCCACAAACAGGCACCCCGGUCGACACCGACCAAGUCCCCAUCAUCAGCGAGUCACCCGGUGCAUCAGAAAUAGAUAUAUACGAAACAGCCUACCGCGAAGAGAUUGAGCGGAUAAAACGACGCAGCGUCGAUAGACGCGAUAGUGUGAAGACGAGAGUAUACUUGACUCGCCGCGUUGAGAGUAAGAAGAAACAUCUGGAUGAAGUUUUGAGGAUGGUAUCGUCUGGGUCCACCCGGAAUCAACAUCAGCAGCAGCAUGACAACAAUAACGAUCAAGAUCACAGCUCUGACUCGAUUAUUCUUCAUGGUGUCAGCGACAAAGUCUCCGGUGCGUUCGCUUCUGCAGGAGCGGCGUUUAGUAAUGCUUUGGCCGCGGCGAAAGGGGCGGCGAGUACGAAUAUCAGUAGUACCAGUGGUUCUGUAGGCAAGGAAGAAGGAAAGGAUGGAGAAGGGGCGGAGUCGAAGUAA